GAAUUGACUAAAAGUGAUAGAAAUUGUACUUACUAUGCAUGUAAGAAUUACAAAGUCAAAAUGUUGAUACAGUGUAUGCGGUAUCCCACUUACUCAGUGCUUAAGAUGCAAAAAAUAUAUGUAGAAAGCAGUCUGCACAGUUUACUUAAGGCAAGGACUUCAUCGCAGAUGAUCUCUAGAACUUUUCUAAUAAACAGUAAGUCAAAACAGUGGACAGUCCAAAAACUUCAUUGUCAGAAUCAGUAUUCUUGCUUACAAGUCCAAAAAUUGAUGAACUCCGGUCAUGUAAAACCUUUCAAUUUAACUUGUUAUAGAAUUUGCUGUAGGCUUUAUUCAGAUAUGAAAGAUGAUGAAAUUGUGAAAUCGUGGAUAAACAAAAUUAAAGAAGACUUUAAGAAGGGAAACAAAGAAGCUGUUAGUGCAGAGUCUUUUGAUGAAAAAAGUGAUGAAAUAAAUUCAAGUAGUGGUGAUAAUAUGGACAGUGAUAGCGACAUUGAAAAGCUACAUUCUAGUUUAGAUGAAGACUUCGACAAACUGGAGAAGCAGGGAUUCACAACUGAAGAAAUUAUAGACUUACUGAAAAAAUCUAAAUCUCUUGAAGACAUUGAAGAAGACUUUGAAGAUUCGGAUUCAGAAAGUGAUGGUGUGAAUCAGGUGAAAGAGUCUGAUAAAUUAUCUGCAGAUUCAACAGAAUCUUCAGAUGUAAAUGAAGAUGGUGUAAAUGAAAAGUCGAAAGAUGAAAUAAGUGGAAGUAGAAUGGUAGAGGAGGAUUGGGCAGUUGUUAAAAUGAGAGAUGAUGUUAAGAUAGAUUGGUCUGUUGUAGAGAUUGAAGACUUUGUCAAUGUUGCUGAAGCUGAGGAUGAGGAUGAUUAUACUUGGGAGUCACCUGUCGACUUUGUUCGAGGAAAGACUGGCGUAUUUGAAAUAGAAGAGAUAAUAACUGUGUUAAGAGCUGCCAAUGCACAAGAUAUCGUCACAAUAGAGGUACCAAAGAACCUCAAUUUUGCUGACUAUAUGGUGAUAGUGAGUGCUAGAUCAAUGAGACAUAUGAAAGCAAUGUUAGCUGACAUAAAAUGGAUUCACAAAAGGAAGAAGAACAAAAAAGACAAAUACAUGAGGAUAGAGGGAGAGGAUUCAGAAUGGUGUGCUGUUGACUUGGGUAAUGUUGUGCUUCAUGUUUUUAUGCCAGCCUUAAGGGAGCUGUAUGACCUCGAAACACUGUGGACCGUUGGAGCAAAGUUUGAUCCCCAGUGUACAGAGGCUACUGCAGACCCGUACGUCUUCUCUGCAGAUGAUCUCCCUUGGCUAAAAGAAUUGGAGCAGGGUGCGUUUAACUCCGAUGCACAGAAUUCAUGAUGACUUGUUACUUUGUGAAAUUGAGAAUUUCAACUUAUUACAUAUAAUUGAGCGGCGUCACGACAAAACCAACAUAAUGGCUUUGUGACCAGCAUGGA